AGACGGGAUAGACUGGCAACAGGUUUCGCCACACUGGCCAACAUAGUGUACUUAAGCUAGCAAGCACCUCUUUGUAAUAAUCUGCAGAGAUAGAGAGUCUCUUAUAUGGAUAUCUUCAUCAGCCUUUAACUGUCAGUUUUUCUUUCUUUUUUUUGGUGGAUUUGUUUGUGGAAGACUUAUAAAGAUGAUUAAAACCAUGUUUCAACAUGCGAAGAAACAUCCAGGGUUAAUCCCUCAAUUUUUCUUCAUGACUCUGGGCAUCACAGGGGCCACUCUCUACCUGAUCCGUCUGGCAAGAGGGCCGCAUGUCACCCUCUGGGAUAAGAACAACAACCCGGAGCCCUGGAGCAAGCUCGACCCCUCCUUCCUUCCGCAGUUUGUGGCCAUCAACACAGACUACAAGAACCUGAAGAAAGAGGGACCUGACUUCUAAAGGUCCUCCAGGCAACUCCAGGGGCACCAAGUUUAGCAGGACCUCCUGCUGUUAUCUCACUGAUGUGAAACGUCUUUCUGAUGCUCUCUAAUAUACACUGUGAACAAAAAUAAAUAAAGAUCACAUGAGACAGAU